AAAGUUCUAGCGGCCAGUCAGCCGGGAUUAGCGAUAAGGUGUAUUUUAUCAUCAGUACCAACAAAUUUUAUUUUAACUUUUUUUUUCCACAAUUGUAAUUUGUGUAUUCUGAUUGGUAAAAACCUAGUGCCCAUAGAGCUCCAUUACAGUGUAACCACAGGGGUUUGCAGGGGUGGAUCCCGAACUUAAACACACCCGUUCCCGGAGUCCCGAUAAAGGUCCUAUCCCCCCUUUUAGCUAAAAAAAAAGUAAUAAUUUAGGGAAAUAAUUCAGAAACGUUUCAUAUACACAUUGGCAGAUCCUUUCACUGACUUACAAUAAUCACGAUCGCCAUAUUUACGAUCAUUUUCAAUCGGAAGUUAAAAAAGAACUCAUUCAAUCACACGGAGAUUUUUUGCUGAAAUUACCCUGGAGACAAUUUUCGUUUUAAACUGUUACUGCCGCAACUUUUAGGGAACCGGAUUGUGGCGGGAACUUCAGUUAUCGCCCCAGACUUCCGUUAAGUGGAGACACCGAUUUAGAAAUGUCUUGCCAAAUACGGCGUAAUACGCCAAAAGUACCAUCUCCCAAAAAUUAGUAAUUAUAACUGAAAUGUAUCCAGUUCUUUAACUGGUGUGAAAAGGGUACCAAUAAAACUUACCUGAAGAUGAGGGAAUUGCAGUAAAUAAGCACUGCUAUUUGAACCAAUCAAAAUCAAGAAUUUAACUGAACAUAAUGAAGACAACCAAUCACAAAUGUGCUUGUCCAAGUGGGAGGGAUUUAUGAAAGAUGAUAAUAUUGUGGAAAUAGAGGAAUUAUGUUAUUCUUAGCUUUCAACCGAACCGUAAAGCAUGAAUUCUUCACUUAUUUCAACAAGUAUGUUUCCUGAGUAUUUACAAGAAGACACCAUGUAUGAUGAUCUUAUGUCAACAGACCAAACUGAUACAGAUGAAGCAGAUGAUAGACAAAAAGUAUAUACACCGCAGGCUAUGCACCCAGGUACACAGCCAAUGCCAGGUAAUUACCAGCAAAGCCAGUAUUACCAGUAUGCAUAUGAUUUUAACAGACCAGCAUUCUACCCUCAGUGCCAUCCUAGCAAUAACUAUCAACGAGCACAGAUGAUACAUAAUGAGCCAUAUGAUCUAAACAGACAAUCCCCAGACUUGCCAGUACCAGCCAGAUACAUGUAUGAGAUGAAUGUCGAUGUCAUUGCCAGGAAGCAGCAUGUUCCAAUGGCUGCAUGGGCUAAACCCACACCCCUAAAUAUGGCUAACCUGAUUGAUUCGUCUAAAUUUGAGCAUGUGUCACCUGCUGCCAGAGACAAAAUAUUAGCAGAAAGAAGCUUAUUUCAGUACUUUGUUAGAAAAGUUGUCGAGGAAACAGGCCUACGGACUGUGAAGGGAGAGGCCUUCAACACUUGUCUUCAGAAGCUUCAAGAAUAUAUUCCCAAUCUCUCAAGAGAGCGUGAUGUGAUUCGUAGAGUGAGAGAAUCAGUUAGAAAGAAUAUUAACUACAGACGGAAAAAAGAAGCAAUGUAUGGUGAAAAGAUUAAGCCAGCACCUAGCAGAAAACCAACAGAUUACCUUAACUUUGAUGACCAUCUGUCUCCAGAUGCUUUAGAAUUUGGCAAAAUAGUGUGUGUUACCUUCCAAGGGUUUCCUGUGGGUAAAGCCAAGAUAGCUGCAUAUCCUUCAAUUGAAUAUGGAAUGAGCGAUGACGACAGAAAAGACUUUGCCACUAUUCAGCUCGAGUUGAAGAAGAAAAACUCCAAGGUUGAUUACUUGCCAUGGCAUAAAGAGAAAAGAAGUUGGGAACAAUUAGGAAAAGGAUGCAGAACAGGAUGGAGAGUAGAAGAUUUGGUGCCAGUUGAAAGAUACGAUGAGUUUAUUAAAGAAUCUGCUAAGAAUAAGAGAGAUUUAGAGAGAGCAAGAAAAAGGCAGCGCAAAGAUACACCAGAAGUAGACCCAGAACCAGUAGUACCAGAACCAGUAGUAGCAGAACCACCAGUAGUAGAACCAGAAGUACCAGAACCACCAGUAGUAGAAGCAGAAGUACCAGAACCACCAGUAGUAGAACAAGAACCACCAGUAGUAGAAGCAGAAGUACCAGAACCACCAGUAGUAGAAGCAGAAGUACCAGAACCACCAGUAGUAGAAGCAGAAGUACCAGAACCACCAGUAGUAGAACCAGAAGUACCAGAACCACCAGUAGUAGAACCAGAAGUACCAGAACCACCAGUAGUAGAACCAGAAGUACCAGAACCAGAACCAGAAGUACCAGAACCACCAGUAGUAGAACCAGAAGUACCAGAACCAGAACCAGAAGUACCAGAACCACCAGUAGUAGAACCAGAAGUACCAGAACCAGAAGUAGUAGAACCAGAACCAGCAGUAGUAGAACCAGAAAUAGAAGCCGACCAAGAUGUAUCAAAAACUAUAAGAUAUGAACUGCAUGACUAUGUUGAAGUUAUUCUUCACUCAGAGAAAAAGAAUGGAACCAGUAAAAAAUUCUAUGCAAUGGUUAUUGACAUACAGCCUUUGGAGGUUAAAUUUUUAAAAGACACCAGCUUAAAAUGUGUAAAGAUAUGGCCAAGAAUUCAGGACACAAGUGUGAUAGACCAUUGCAAUGUUAUCCGUCUUUUGUCAACACCACAUCUGGACCAAAGGGAAAGACUUCAUUUUAGUGACUAAUCAUACUUCAAACAUGUUUAACUUCACUCAUGUUGGACUUUAUAUCUUGUAUAAUCUUAUACAGGAUAUUCAACUUGUUAUUGUUAUUAUUGUUAUUUUUGUUAUUGUUAUUGUUAUUUUUGUUAUUGUUGAUCAAUAGUU